UCAAACCGCUAUCAUUUUCUAUCUCUCUUUCUCUCUCUACAGAUUUCAUCGUCUCUUUCCCCCAUCAUCGCCUGAUCAAGAAUCAACGACAGAUUUCGAUCAUGAGUUGUCUUUCUGUAUGUUUUAAACCUAAGACAGAUGUACCCAAAUACCAAGCCAAAGAGAAUGAUGAAGAUAUGGGUGAUUGCAAUGUUAAAAUGUAUACUUAUAAGGAGAUGCAAUUGGCAACGGACAAUUUCAGCAUUGAUAAUAAGAUUGGGCAGGGCGGAUUUGGUUCGGUAUACAGGGGAAAACUCAAAGAUGGGACAUUGGUAGCUCUUAAGCUGCUUUCAGCACAAUCAAAGCAGGGUUUGCGCGAGUUCUUGACUGAAAUCAUUGUGAUCUCGAGUGUAACACACGAGAAUUUGGUUCAUUUAUAUGGUUGUUGCGUCGAAUCGAGCCAACGAAUAUUGGUUUAUGGCUAUAUUGAAUAUGGAAGCCUUGAUCAAACUCUCCUUGGUAGAAAGCAAAGUAGCAUUCAGUUUGAUUGGAAUACGAGGUCUAGAAUUUGUAUCGGAGUUGCUCGAGGACUUGCCUAUCUCCACGAGGAAUUGAGACCACGAAUUAUUCAUCGUGAUAUUAAGGCGAGCAAUAUACUUCUUAGCAAAGACUUGAUUCCAAAGAUAUCUGAUUUUGGUCUCGCAAAGUUAUUCCCAGAUCAUCUUACUCAUGUCACUACAAGAGUGACGGGUACUUUAGGCUAUUUGGCACCCGAAUACGCGGUACGAGGUCAAUUGACAAGAAAAGCGGACAUUUAUAGCUUCGGUGUCUUAUUGAUGGAAAUAGUAAGCGGGAGAUGCCAUACAAACAAGCAACUUCCUACCGGGGAUCAGCACAUUCUUGAAAUGGCAUGGAAAAUGUACGAGGAAGGAAGUCUUGCUGAACUUGUGGACAUAUCAAUAGAGCUAGACAAAGGGUCCGAAGAAGCCUUUAAAUUCUUGAAGAUUGGUCUUCUUUGUACUCAAGGCAUGCCGAAGCUGCGACCUUCAAUGUCCGAGGUGGUGAAGAUGUUAACGGGGAAGAGAAACGUCGAUGAGAAAACGAUAACGAAACCUGGCUUACUUUCCGAACUUAUGAUUCCCCAAAGUUCAAAUGAUACAUCUUCGAUUAAUACUACGUUAAAUGUGGAGUCGGGCCAGCGAAAUGAGUCAUCCUCGUUUGAGAAUUAUACCGACGAAACGUUGCCCACCAUCAAAUGAUUACAAACAUUUGUAAAUAUGGAACAUCUCAUUGUUACUAUUUUGUAUGAGAUAAAUAAAAUUCAGGUUGGUUUGGUUUCGGUUUUGUAAAAGAAUGACAUUUAUGCCCAUGUAUUUUCUCCCAACAUCUUCUCAAGCCAAGGGCGCUUAAGUAA